CCGCGAGCCAGACAGCCUGGUCAACGGAUCGGAGUUGGGCCACUUGCCGGCCCGGAACCACUGACGUCCAGGCUUCACACCCCCUCUUUCACACCCAAACCACACUCUACCCACAGUCCGGCCCACCUUCCUUCCGGAGCUUGGUCGUCUCGGAGGUCAGCUUGGCUGAGUCGAUGCAACCGGGGCCGACUGGAGUUUGUCACUCUUUCCAGUGACUUUCCGUCCACCAUCGGCAGCAUGCAUCAUCCGUCGACGAGGUCGGACGUAAUGCAGACGGUCAAACCAGUUGCUGAGCUCUUGGGUACAGCACAGGUCGACUGGCGCCCCCUCCCAGUUUUGCGGCUUGAGGGUGUGCCUUUUGGUAGCAGGCACUCGGUGAGGAGUGCGAUCGCUUCAGCCGUCCUCGCCUACAUUCGCAGCUCCCACUUCAGGCGAUCCGAUGGUACAGGAUCAGACGAGAAAAAUUGCUCAAGCGGAUCACGCAGAAGAUGGCAUUUCCCAUUUGAAUAG